CUAGGUUCCAAAGCUCCAGGCCACGCAACGAAAGCGACAAUGACACCUCCGAAGCGGAAACGAGUCGCCUCCUCAGAACCCAACACAGUGUCCCCAUCUCGGCUAUAUCCAUCCUUGGACACCCCGGAGGGAGUAGAUGACAAGGAUGUGAACAGUUCACCAAUUGGUGAAACAGACAUAGAAAGACCGACGAAAUCACGGAGGAAGAGCGAUGCAGUCAAGCAUGUACCUAGCGUCAUGGCCGUGGAUACCAAAAUGGAUCGGGACGGAUCGACGCCUGAUGAUGACAGCUCGUCCUUAGGGUCGGGCGCCGAACUUGCUUUGCAUAUGGUAGACGCGAGCCGGGUAGGCGAAAGCGGAUUGCCUGCGAACUUGCAACCACCGCCGACAGAUAGACCUGUGAGGAUAUACUGCGAUGGAAUUUGGGACCUUUUUCACUUUGGGCAUGCCAAGGCGCUUGAGCAGGCAAAGAAAGUUUUUCCAAACGUGGAGUUGCUCGUUGGAGUCUGUAACGAUCAAGUCACUCACUCCAAGAAGGGCAAAACAGUGAUGCGGGACACAGAACGCUAUGAGUCCCUGCGUCACUGCAAAUGGGUUGAUGAAGUUGUUCCAGAUGCGCCGUGGGUCAUUGAUCAGGAGUUCCUUGACAAGCAUAGAAUCGACUAUGUUGCGCACGACGAUAUACCCUACAAAAGCGGCGACCAUGAUGAUGUAUACGCAUUUGUCAAAAAAGCAGGGCGAUUUAUACCCACGAGAAGGACAGAGGGAGUCAGUACAAGUGAUCUCAUCACACGUAUCGUAAGGGAUUACGACGCAUAUGUGCGACGCAAUUUGGAGAGAGGAGUCAGUCCCAAGGAAUUGAAUAUCUCUUUCUUUAAAGAAAAGGAAAUCCGAAUGAAAUCUCGGAUAGGAACUAUCAAGCAGUCCCUUCAAUCACGCCUGCAGCAAGGGGAAAGCAGUAUUCGCCGUAACUGGGAGGACACCAAGAACGACUUACCUCACAAAUGGAAGAAUACACUCGAAUACUGGGAGGAUAUGAGCUCGGAGCUAGUCCGGGGAUUCAUCGGACUUUUUGGACAAGAAGGCCUGCCCCGACUCCUCUUCGGACGCAGGAAUCGAAGCCGAGGAGGAACUCCCACAUCUUCGCCGUCAGAAUCUCCCAAAAGGCGGUGGCUUUUUGGAUCUCCGGCAUCAUCAACGGAGGACGAGGAUGAGAAUGAAGAAGUGGAUGAGGAUGAAGAAGGAAACAGCAACGGUAGUGUGACGGCCUAAACAGCGGAAGUAUCGCAGUUGACGACUGUGGGAACUGAAGAAUGGACGAAAGAGCAUUAAACUGAUAAGGCUACCGACGCCACGAAGUCCUAAUAUAUUUAUUUGUUGGUCGCUUUCGUGCGCACUCAACGCGGCAAAAUGUCGCGGCAAUGUCGAUUAAUAGCAAAAUACUAUGGCCUGUGACUCUGUAAACAUCCUAUCUCUAUGAAAUACGACCUCUUCUUAGUCAAA